ACUUUGUCUUCCUUCUCUUCCUUCUGUUUUCCACUUUUACACUUCUCCUUCUAACCUUCUUCUUAUUUUCUCUUUCUUUUAAAUUCCGCAUUAUAUUCCCAAUUUUCCAUCAUCCCCAACCAAAUUCGCAUCAGAAUUUCCCAGAUCCGAAUUACCCAGAAGAAAAAGGCUUCAACUUUUGUGUUUUCAGCGAUCAUUGGUGAGAGAUGUGUUGUGGAGGGAGAGUGUGCAUGCUAUGCACGUGUCUGAUUCUGGUGGUGAUCCUCAUCGGGUUGCUAUUCGGGUUCGGAGUGUUCAAGCAUGGCUUCCACAAGCUUAAAGACACUGUUAGUUACUGCGAUUCUUGCGGUGGUGUCGGAGGAAGAAGGCCCUUCUUGGGUUAUGCACCGCCGCCAUUGUUCUAGUUCUGAUUCUCUUGUUCGAUUUCGUUCUUCUUGUUAAUUUUUCCUGGAAUUUGUUUGUUUUUAACGCUGUUUUAUAAAUUAUUUGUUAGAAUUGUCAUUUGUAGUUACUGCUUUCUUUGGAUUCAUGUUGAUUUUAUAAUUAACUUUCUCUUGUUGGAAUGCUGUUUCUGUUUCUUUUUUCAAUACUCACCGUUAUAUUCUCUUGUUCUGCAUUUUGU